AUGCCUGCCUGCGCGUCCGCCCGCCCGAUGCAUUGCUGCCUGCCUGUCCGCCCGCCACCCCGUCUGCCAGUACGCCCACCCGACGCCUUGCUGCCUGCCCAAACACCCGCCCCCCGUCUGCCCGCCCGCCCCGGUGCACGUGUGCCUGCCUGCCAGCCCGACCACCUGCCCCGGUGCGUAGAUGCCUGCCUGCCCGUCCGCCCGCCCGAUGCAUUGCUGCCUGCCUGUCCGCCCGCCACCCCGUCUGCCUGUCCGCCCGCCCGACGCAUUGCUGCCUGCCCGUCCGCCCGCCACCCCGUCUGCCCGUCUGCCUGUCCACCCGCCCGACGCAUUGCUGCCUGCCUGUCCGCCCGCCACCCCGUCUGCCUGUACGCCCACCCCACGCCUUGCUGCCUGCCCAAACACCCGCCCCCCGUCUGCCCGCCCGCCCCGGUGCACGUGUGCCUGCCUGCCAGCCCGACCACCUGCCCCGGUGCGUAGAUGCCUGCCUGCCCGUCCGCCCGCCCGAUGCAUUGCUGCCUGCCUGUCCGCCCGCCACCCCGUCUGCCUGUCCGCCCGCCCGACGCAUUGCUGCCUGCCCGUCCGCCCGCCACCCCGUCUGCCCGUCUGCCUGUCCACCCGCCCGACGCAUUGCUGCCUGCC